AUGUCAAACGUAAACAAUGAAUAUAAAAUUAAUAGCGUCGGCGGUACCUAUGCGGCCAAAACAAUGAAAUGCGUUAAUGAGGCAGUAGCACCUUUCUUGCCUCUUGUGAUCGUGAUAACUACCCUAACCAAAGAAAUAGCGGAUGCUUAUGAAAAUGUUCAAUAUAAUAAAAAGACAUGUGGGGCAUUAGUAACUCGAGUCGAAGCCGUAGAAGUUGCGAUUAAAGGGUUAAUAAGGCAAAAGGAAGAGAAUAUUGAUAAAUUUUGUAGUCAAAGUUAUUAUAAUUCCUUUUCAAAGUUAGCCAACUGUUUAAAGCAGAUUAAAGAAUUUUUUAAUGAUAUUUCUCAAUUAUCGAAAUUUAAAAAAUUUGUUUCAAGUAGAAGCAUAAAGGACACCUUUGAAAAGAUCAUAAAAGAUCUUGAUAGUUGCUCGAUUGAUCUGAAUUUGGCAAUAUCGAUUGCCACGGAACAGUUGAAUUCAAUUUUACAUUCCGAUAUGAUUGAAAUGAAGAUGUUUUUAGAUAAUAUUGAAGGUGGUAUUACAUCUUUGGUCAAUAAUAACAAAAAAAUCGAUAAUUCCACCGAAUGUAGCGUAAAUAAUAAUAACAUCGUUAUUAAAAUUAAUAACAUUGAAGAGCAGAAUAAAAAAAUCAUUGAACAAAAUAAUGAACUCUUAGAAUACAAGGACAAGGGCAAGCAUAAAACGCUUAACUUUAUUCCACUCAACGGAGAAAUUGAUGCGAUUCGUUUCUUGAAUGAAAAUGAUACAACUUCAAAGGUUGACCCAGAAGCGAAAGCAAAGCAAAUUGAAUCUUCGGAAUUGACAGAAGCGGCAGAAAGAGUAACUCGUGGUUCCAAGAAAACCGUUUUAAAAAAAGUUUAUAAAACAAUAGAUGUUGCUUGCAAACAGAUUCCUAUGGACAAGAUUGUUCAAAAGCAUCUUGCUAUUUUGGGAAAGUUAGAAGCUUGUCCACAUAUUAUUCGGUUUUAUGGAUUAUCAAAGUUAGACCGAGUUGAUGUAAUGGUUUUUGAAUGGGCCGAAUACGGAAAUUUAAGGGAGGUUUAUCUCGAGUAUAAUAUUGAAUGGGACACGAAGAUUUCUUUGGCAAGAGACAUUUGCCGUGGUCUAAUUUUUUUACAUGCAGUGAAGAUUUUGCAUCAUGACAUUAGGUGUGAGAAUGUGUUAAUUACCGAAAAAAUGCAACCUAAAAUCUGCAAUUUCAAAUUUUCUCGAGAAUUUAAUGCUGUCACCAGUCAAAUUGAUGAUAUGAAUGCUAUCGUACAUUGGUUGGCUCCUGAAAAGUUAAAAAACAUAAAUUCGGAUCAAGACUCGAAAAAAUAUAAUAAUAAAACAACUAGUUAUACCAUUCAAUGUGACAUUUUCAGUUUUGUAAUGCUUCUUUGGGAACUUGGCUUUCAAGAAAGGCCAUAUGACGAUAAGAGCAUUUCUGAAAUACAAAAACACGUUUUAAAAGGUCAUAGGGAAAGGUUGGACGAUGGAUUAAGUUCAAAUCAAAUCAAAAAAGAGUAUUUCGCAAUUAUUAAACUUGGUUGGGAACAAGAACCAUCAUUACGACCGGGGAUUCAGCAAAUUUUCAAUAUGUUACAGAAGUUAUAUGAGAAGCAUGUCUUAAAGUAUUCACCGAGAUUACGUCCGAAGGAAGAAGAUAUAGACGUUGAUGAAGAGAUACAAAAUUUAUCAGUUUUGGAUCAUGAUAAAAAGGUUAUACCAUUAACACCAUUCAAGGAAGGUUUAGUGGCUCACAAAAAACAUGAUUAUAACAAGGCGUGGAAUUGUUUUGAGGAACACGCAAAGGAAAAUGAGCAUAUCGACUAUCAAAAGUUUUUAAAAUAUUUGAAAAUGUCAGCUGAUAAUGAUAAUUCCACUGCCCUUUAUAAUCUGGGUGAAAUGUAUUUCAAUGGUAGGAUGGGUGUUGCAAAGGAUCGAGAAAAGGGUAUUCAAUAUUUAAAAUUGGCUGCUUUAAAAGGUCAACCGAAAGCAAAAGAUAUUUUGAGAACCAAUGAUAUUAGUUAUAUUUUUUGA